UGUCUGUCGCAGCUGGAGCGGUGCUGCUGCUGGUGCUGCUGCUGGUGCUGCUGCUGGUGCUGCUGUUCAUUCCCCCGUUCUUGUGCCCUUCUUCUCCCACGCUUCCCCUCUUCUUCUGCUUCUGCUCUGUCCCUAACUCCCUCUCUAUUCCCUAACUUUACUCUACUCUCUCUUCUUCCUUUUUCCUUUUUCCCCUUCCCUUCCUCCCGCUCCGCGUCCUUUUUCUCUUGUGAACUUGGAUUUGCUCGCAUCUCCGUCUCUCGAUCCCCCUCCCCCCCCCCCCCGCCACUACUUCCAGCGUCUCACUGUGUAGGAAGGAAGGUAGGUUUCCAGGACCCGAAGAGGACACUAGUCGAAUGCACAAUUCGAUAACCCCCUGCCCCCCUCACCGCUCCCCCUCCUCCCAGCUUGCUCGCUCUUGGGACUGUUCGGGUGCGUGUUCAGCUUUUCCAUUCCUCCUUUCCUCCUUCCCUUCCCUGGCCUGCUUGUGCCGCAACGCUGACUUCUCCUUCAAGUGCCGCUACGUGUGUCUGUCUUAGUGCACCGUCGACGUGCUUGCUUUGCAUUGACAUGGUCACCUGGUCUUUCUUCCUGGGAUUGGAAUUGGAUUCUCACGACUUCCUUCCUUCUUCUUUUAGUGGUUAUUAGGGUUCUAGGGUUGUCAAUUCUGCCUCAUUUUUAUCACGCACACCUCUCCACCAGUUUCUCUCUUGUAUUAGGGUUUCACAUUUUGUAACCUCUUUGCGAGGAUUCGUGUAUAGUCUUCCGUACGAGGCUAUUAAGUCGCUGGUAUUGAUUUUGGUAAAUAUCGAGAGCUUCAAUACUGGCACCACGGUGUCAUCCAGACAUUCGCGUGGAUUUUUCAAGCCCUCCUCACCUCUCAAAAAUCAAGCUUCUUCUGAGCAACGGGCAUGAACGAAGAUACAGUUUCUGUACGCGCUAGUGCUGGACGUACAUACGGUAGCUCUAGUGCAGAGGCCGCGCAUGAGGAGAGCGUUAUGAAGCAUGGAGAAGAUGGAGGCAGCUCUCGAGUUCAGGAUGAUGGUGAUCCUCAUCCAGUUGGAGGUGAGGAGACUUCAGCGGCAGGUAGUAGUGAUCAAGGAGGAAGUUUUGAUUGCAACAUCUGCUUAGAGCUUGCUCAAGAUCCUGUGGUGACUCUCUGUGGGCAUUUGUUCUGCUGGCCAUGUCUUUAUCGAUGGCUUCAAAUGCACAGCAUCUGUCAAGAAUGUCCUGUAUGCAAAGGCAGUGUCGAAGAGGACAAGGUAAUUCCCCUCUACGGGAGAGGCAAGGUUAAUUGCGUAGAUCCUCGCACGAAAGCAGUUCCAGGUCUUAACAUUCCUCACCGCCCAGUUGGACAGCGGCCAGAGACUGCCAGACAUGCCGAGCAUCAAUAUCCGCCCCAGGGUUUUAAUUUCAUGGCUGGACCUACCGGCCCUGCCGCUACUGCGCGAUUUGGCAACAUCACACUCUCGGCCGGAUUUGGACUAUUUCCAUCCCUCUUUGGCUUCCAAUUGCAUGGCUUUUCUGAGACUAGUGGUCUUGGGGGAGGUUCUAGUGUUCAUCUGGGGUCAGCAGGUGGAUUGGCUGGUAGUCACAUGCAUGGUACUCAGCCCAUAAUGCCCGAUCAGCAGCAAGAAGCUCUUUUAUCACGGCUACUGCUACUUCUUGGCGUUUUUGUGAUUAUUUGCCUCCUCCUCUUCUGAGUUUUCAUGUUGUGACCUGAAGCUAAGUAAUCACAUUUUCCCUGUAAGGACAUAACUUGCUUUUGAGCCUCUUUAUUUUGAGGUCUUCAGGUUGGUAUCUAUCUAUUCAUAUUUGAGCAUUACCACUGAUAGCAGCUGGGCUACUAGUAGAAUUGAUGUUAGCGUAAUUUCGACGGAUUUUGUCGGUGGGAAUUUGUUUGUUUGUUUUUGUUUUUGUUUUUUUUUUUUAAAAAAAUGAGAGCAGACUGCAGUUCUGUCAGAUUUGUGACAUAGUAUGUAGGUCUUAAUGUGCAGAUUAUUUGGUUCUUGAUUAAUGAAGGACAUGCGAAGGACUCAAUUGAACCCGGCUGUGAUGAGAGUUUACUGCUGCAUGUCGAUAGAAUCACUUUGGGUUCCUUGAGUUGAAGAAUUCACGUCCUUCGAAAGGUUGAGAGUUAGCUAGUAUACCUCCUCAGUUUUCUUAGUUUUGGAUCUAUGUUUUUUAAUGGAAAAUAUUUAUAAAUGGUGUAUUAAAAUAUGCAUUCUAUAAUUAGAACUGGUUAUCAAUGUAAAAAGUCUUGGAGCUGGCCCCCAAUUUUCUGCCUAUGAGAGAAAUGGAUUUUGCACUGAAUUACAAUGAA